AUGGAAUUCUGCGAGGAAGACGUGGAAUAUCUUCGAUACUUCAAAGUAGCUCUGGCAAUAGCAAUUAUCAGGCAAAAAUCGGAAAACCUUACAGCAAAACAAUACACCGAAAAACUGUUUGCAAUACUAAGAGAAAAAGAACAAAAUUCUAAUCAAAAGGUUCAGCACCUCCAGUCCGAACUUUUCCAAACAAAACAAACAUUAAUUCAGUCACAGUCAUUAGUAUCUAGAGUUGAAGUCGAUGCUCAUAACGAACCAGAUGAGACAAAACCUAAUACUGAUGAUGAAGUGGACAAUAUCUUACUCACCCCUCCCGCCUCUUCUGAAGACAAUAAGACAAACAAAGAAAGUUCUCAUUUGCUGAGAAACGCUCAGUUUUUAAAAAGCGUGUCUUUUAUGUGUAAGAAGCCCUACAAACUAUUCUCUGUUUUUGCUGGCGAUGAUGUCAUAGUUGUCAAGGAAACACUGUUACAAAUAAUCAAAAUGUUAACACAAGACUCUGGAAGUAAGAUCAUGGCACUACCUCAAAAUAUUCUACAGGCAUGUGCUGAUGGGAUCAUAGAUAUUUUAGAGUGCCCAGGUCUCAAAAAUUACCAAUCUGAGCUGAAGGUCCCAACACUAAUCCUUGUGGAACACCUGAUUCAAAUGAUAAUGAAAGUCAAUGUAAAUACACACCAGUUAAAAGACAAGAUAUCAAAGAUCCUAGUUAUUUUUGGCUGCACCCCCAGCCUUAGGAAUGAGAUCCUAACCAAGUUAGCAACAAGUAUUCUAGAUGUUUCUUCAAAACUUCGUCAAAUCACUCAAGGUCGAUGUUCGAUAAGGACAUUUGCCUCUGAGUAUCACAGUAUCUACCAUGUACUCUGGGCUAUCGAGACGAUUCUAACAAGAACAUUAUCCAUUGUGCCCCGCCCUGGAACCGGUAAAACUGCUGAUGAAGAAGAAAACGCAAGCGCUUGCUGUGCAGUUGUACAUUGA